AAAAUUGAAAGAAAGCAACAUUUGAUCAGACAGAUAACAUUGUUAUGACCUCCAGCACUGCAGACAAUGAUGCAGCUUUAAAAGCUGAGUUGGAAGAAGUGAAGAAAGAAGUCCCAACGAUAGAAGAUGUGAAACUGAUAGCUGCAGUCCCAGCUCUAGUCAGGGCAGAGAUCAAGAUAACUGACCACAAGCAGGUGGCUGUGACGUGUAUGUUUCAACCUUCAUAUCCCACCGUUCCAGUGGUGACAGAGCUGAGGUCAAAAACUUUGGCAGACAAAUUGUUAGAUGGACUUGCCAGGAUAUGUGAUGCAGAAGCCAAGAAAUUGGAAGGAAAACCACAGACUGUUCACAUUAUCCGGUAUGUGAAGACUUUCAUAGAAGAGAACCCUCUGUGCGUCUGUUCUGAUGAAAUUUCUGCCGUGAAGAAAUUGCUGAAUGACUCGGAUGAUGUCAAACUGAAACAGAAGACGUCUCAAAUUGUCUUAAAAGUAUGUCAGGAGCAAUACUUUGUUGGUCUACGUAUUUCUGUUCCGGAUGACUAUCCCGCCAAACAAGUUGUACCAGAAAUUACAGAACACAAUUUCCCAGAAUUUCUGCGUGUCAACUUUCAAGCACAGGCAGUUGAAAUUGCGAGACAAUGUGUUCAUCCACCUCUGAAAAAGAACCCCAAGGAUCCACCAUUUGUGCCGAAACCAUCACUUCAGCCGGUGUGUGAAUAUAUCAUCAGAGACUGUGUUAAGAAGUUUCCACUAGAAAUCUGUCCACUAUGCAAUGAACGAGUGUUGCCAGUUGACCCCUCUAAUGAGAGUGCUUCAAGAGGCAAGAAUAGAGUGGAGAAAGUGUAUUGCGGCCACUUGUUCCACUUUAUAUGUCUAAACAGGCAUAUGAAAACGCCACCAUUUACAGGAGGAAAACUGUGCCCGGGUUGUGGAAAACAAAUCUUUCAUGAGAAAUGGAAAAUCUCGGCAGAAGUAAUGGAGAAUAGAUGGGCCCACAAGCAAGCCAAACAAAGGGAACUUGAAGAAGUUGUAGAUUUCUUAGGGUAAUUUUGAGCAGCUCAACGGAUGUAUAGAUUUAUUGUAAAUUUAAUAUAUUUUCAUUGUGAUGAUAUUUGUUUCAUUAACCCUUAAAACCCUAUACCGCUGGUAACAGCUGACGCCCUAUUUUCCUAUACCGCUGGUAACCGCUGGUAACCACUGGUCGACUAUUGUUUAAUUCCCAAUGCUAGAAACAGGGGAUAUAACUCCAGAUGACUCUGUCGCGAGCAGAAAGUACCGAUAAUGUCAUGAGAGCAGUUCUACCCCGAAAGUUUGGAAAUUUUGCGAGUUAUUAAGAAAAAUUAGUCACUUUUCGCUGCCUGGCCCUUCAGGCCGCAAAAUUUUUGACAUUUUUUAUCCUAACCAGACCCCAAUAAUGAUCUCCCAGUCGGAUAUAUAGAUAAAUAUGACCGUUGAAGACGAUUGCAAUGUUCCGCAUAACAUCGAUGAUGAUUAUGACGAUAGUGGAAUUGGCAGGGGAUCACCACUAGAGCUACCAGAGGCUAGAUCUACGGCUGGGUCUAAUGAUACUUUGACUGAAAUUGUGUUGGGGAUCACACACAAGACUUAACUCAUAGAGUUGGUCAUAAAAACCAGUGUUUUAACCUUUUCCCCUUUUGUUCAGACUGUGCAUUCAUAUAUUAUAUAAAGAACAUUUUCAAACUUCAGUAAAAUCGAACAACAAUUAAAGACACAGUAAACAAAAUAAUGAACCAACCUAAUUUUUUCU